AAAUAUGCUGCACUGUACCUUCCUCUACUGUUAACCUGUAAAGUGCUAAGUACACCUGUUAUUGCUUUAUAAAUAAAAUAUACAUACACUGUAUACCUAUUGCACUUACCGAACCUUCCUCUACUGUAAUGUAACUGGUAGAGCAGUAAGUAUACCUAUUAGUGCUAUAUAAACAAAAUAUACAUACACUGUAUACCUCUUGCACUUACUGUACCUCCUACUGUAAUGUAACUUGUAAAGUGCUGAUUACACCUGUUAGUGCUACAUUAAAAAACACACUGUAUACCUACUGCACUCACUGUACCUCCCUCUACUGUAUUGUAACCUGUAGAGUGCUAAGUACAUCUGUUAGAGCUACGUCAAUAAAAUACACAGACUGUAUGCCUACUGUACCUCCCUCUAAUGUAAUGUAACCUGUAGAGUGCUAAGUACACCUGUUAGAGCUACAUAAAUAAAAUACACAGACUGUAUGCCUACGGUACCUCCCUCUACUGUAAUAUAACCUGUAAAGUGCCUGCCUGUGUUUCUGUCACUGCAGUGUGUGUGUGUGUGUAGCUAGUUUGAAGUUACACAAUGUCUGAAGUGACCUGUGAAAAAGAGAAGUGGAAACACAGAACAAGAGCUUCCUGUGCUAGGGACAGAAAGAGCGAGAGGGGAGGACAGAGAGAGAUACAGAGUGAGGCAGAGUGACACAGGUAGAGAGAGUGAGACGGUUUAGGAGAAUGUGAGAAUCUGAGAGAUCGUUUGUUAAUUCUGCAGGGAGUCCUUGUAACAGGAGAUCUAUUGAGAAGGAUAAGGAAAUAGAUCUGUAGCAGCUUUCUGAACUUGUGAGUGAGAGAAGGAAGAAGAGAAAGAGGAAGAAACUGUAGCAGGAGAUACACACUGAACAGAGACGGACAGACUUCAGCUGAAGACACACACACAAGACCUGCAGAAUGGUCAGGUGGUUCCACAGGGAUAUUUCUGGAUUGGAGGCCGAGGCACGCCUGAAAGCUCGAGGAGUUCAUGGAAGUUUUCUAGUCCGACCCAGUAAAAAGAAACCAGAAGACUUCUCAUUGUCUGUCAGAGUGGAGGAUUCGGUGACACACAUUCGUAUUCAGAACACGGGCGAUUACUAUGAUCUAUAUGGCGGGGAGCAGUUUGCCACGCUGCCUGAGCUGGUGGAGUAUUACAUGGCACAACAGGGGAGCCUGCAGGACACAGAUGGAAACCUCAUCCAACUCAAAUACCCUCUGAACUGUUCUGACCCAACCAACGAAAGGUGGUAUCAUGGCUAUGUCUCCGGCUCCGACUCUGAAAGGCUGCUACAGGACCAGGGCGAGCCAUGGACAUUUCUGGUGAGAGAGAGUCGCAGUAACCCCGGAGACUUUGUGAUCUCCGUUCUGACCGAGGAGCAGAGAGAUGGACAUUACAAAGUAACGCACAUCAAAAUAUACUGCCAGGGCGGCAAAUACUAUCUCGGAGAUGUAAAGUUUGAUUCCCUUACUGAUCUUAUAGAGGAAUACAGGAAGAAACACAUAGAGGAAAUGUCUGGAACCCAUGUGUUCUUGAAAAAGCCGUACUAUUCCACCAGAAUUAAUGCAGCUGACAUAGAAAACCGCAUGAAAGAACUGGAUAAAAAAUUAGACAAACAGGAGACCUCAAAGGCUGGGUUUUGGGAAGAGUUUGAUGCUCUUCAGAAGCAGGAAUCCAAGUUACUCUAUGACAGAAAAGAAGGUCAAAGACCAGAAAACAAGAGCAAAAACCGAUACAAGAACAUCCUACCCUUUGACCACACACGAGUUAUAUUAAGAAGCAGAGACAAGAAUAUUCCUGGAUCAGACUAUAUCAACGCCAAUUAUGUGACGAAUCAGCUUUGGGGUGAUGGAGAGCCCCCAAAACGUUUCAUCGCAUGCCAGGGGUGUCUGGCCGCAACCACAGGCGAUUUCUGGGAGAUGGUCUGGCAAGAAAACAGCCGUAUCAUCGUCAUGACAACAAAGGAAAUUGAGAAAGGCCGGACCAAAUGUGUACCAUACUGGCCAGACUUUGGGGAAGAUGGAAAAGAUUUUGGAAGAUUUUGGGUUCAACUACUUAAUGAACAUGAAGCACAGGGUUAUAAAGUCCGCACUCUGCGACUGUCUCCUCUGGAAAAGCGUGAUGCUAUCCGGGAUAUCAUCCACUACCAGUAUCUUACAUGGCCUGAUCACGGGGUCCCUGCAGACCCUGGCGGUGUCCUCAGUUUCUUGGGAGAAGUUAACCGCAUGCAGGAGAGUAUUCCCAGGGCGGGCCCUAUUGUUGUUCACUGCAGCGCUGGGAUUGGACGCACUGGAACCAUUAUAGUCAUCGAUAUGUUGGUUGAUAUGAUUCAAAUGAAAGGUGUAGACACUGACAUAGAUGUACAGAAGACCAUCCAGAUGGUGCGUAGCCAACGGUCGGGCAUGGUACAGACGGAUGCCCAGUAUAAAUUUAUCUAUUUAGCCAUCGCACAAUUCAUAGACUCACAAAAAUACAAGAUGAAGGCACUGGAGGACUCAAAAGUCUCAGAGGCAGAGUACGGGAACCUGAGUCACUCUCUAUCCAAGAUGAAGGUUGCCCGGACACCAGUAAAGCCACCGGAAGAGGGUACUGUUUAUGAAAAUCUAAAUGCUAGAAAAGAUAAGAAGGAAAAGGUUAAUAAGAAAACGUCUUCAGAGAGGGAGAAACCCAGAUCAUCGCUGAAAAAGAAGUAACCUGAAGGUCUACCUGGUGCUAACACACCUGGGUAUCAAGACUCCACACAGUAUUUGGCAUCUCUGCUUUCUGUAUAAACCGACUGCUGUUAGUUCUCCCCCCCUCCUCCUCCUCCCUGGAUCUAACUGGAAAAUGUUUCACAGACUCUGAAGCUAAUUGUUAUUUAAUAAAGUAUGAAACAAAGUGUGUGAACAGUGUGUGUUACAUGAAUUAAACUCUUUGUGCAGCAUGUCCGAAUGAACCAGGGAAGCUAUAAUGCCACGAUUUGCCUGAGCAUUCGGAUGGUGC